AUGAACGUCGCAACUCCCCUCGCACAACGCGAAACAACACAUAGCAACAUGGCGGACGAAACCACUGCCACGGAAGAACCACCGGAUAUUAGCGGACUACGAAUCGAUAACUCGCAAAAUGAUCGGCCAACAAAGUCAAAAACGUUACCUUCUCUUUCGAUAGGCUUUUACAAAGAAGGCAACAGUUCAACUCAUCAAUCAAACCAAGUAAGUCAAAAGAAUGUUUCGCUUCUUUCAACUUCACUCGAUACUUCAAUCAAAAGAGCAACUGCUUCUGGUGAAGCAAAUGUCAGACUUUCACCAAGCAUGCCACAUUCCCCUUCCGUUGCUGAGAGUACAGGAGGAAGUGCUUCAGAUUACGAUUAUGAGCAUGAGCCUGAUAGUCCAAGCAGCAUGUCCAGUUGGAAUUCAUGGGCUGGCGGAAGAAGAGGUGAUUUGGCCGAUGUGGAGGAUUUGGAAUUGGACGGAGUGACGAUGGGCGAACCAGAAUUGGAAACGGUUAGUGAGAUGGACGAAGAAAGUAGCGGUUUCGUAAGUGGAAGUGAUCGUCCGAUCAAUGAAUCAGAUGAUGAUAACGUACAUCAUCGUCAACCUACAAGAAGUACAUUCAAUGAUCAUUCGCCACGUCGCAAAUUCCAACGUCACAAUCUAGGAGAUUCGCAUCCUGCGUCGCAUAAUCAUCACCAUCAUAGCAGUCAUCAUGCUUCUCAACUCCAUCCUCACGGUCCUCCAAUCCAUCCCCAUUUCUCUCCUCGUGCUGGUGGACAUGGUCUCUCUCAUGCGUCACGUUAUCUCUUGCGAGCGCCACCAAAUCUGGCAGCACGUAGACGUAACAAAGGACGUUUGGCAGAAUUGGCAGAAGAAGGGACAGGAGGAGCAAUCACCACUACAAAGAUGCCCACUCCAACAUCACCUGAAAAGGAAAAAGAGGAAGGCACUUCAAAGACCGAAGAACCAGCGGAAAACAGUGCCGCACCUGCCUUGCCAGCUUCGAUAUCUAUGCCACCGCAAGAUAGUCAUGGUCAUCCUGAUCACGUUGAGAUGGAAAUCUUUGGACCCCCUGCGCUACCUGUUCGUAGUGUAAGUCCAAGUGAAACGAUUCCAGUCGUUCCAAGUCCUUUAUGUGUUUGUCUGACGGCCGACGACGAAAAGGGAGAUGUGACCGAGGUGAUUACACCAACAAAUGAAGGGUCACAUUUUGACAGCUUUUCCCUGGACACACCCACUGGAUUGCGUACACCUACUCCACCUUCGCCUUCCGCUUCUGGACGUUCGGAUUCGUAUGUCUCAGCUUCUACUGCUAUCACAAGCCCUGCUACUUCUCCGCAAUUGUUGUCAAGAAAAGGAUCUGGUCGUAGUAGAAGAUCAUCUUCUCCCGGUCGCUCUAAGCCCAAGAUUCCACUUCGACCGUGCUUCAAACGCCGUGGAUCCGCUCAAAUGGGAUCAGCUUUGACUACGGGCAAUUAUGCUGGAUCAUCAUCUGAAAGUGAGAAAACUUCUUCUCGUGGACGUACGAAAGUUCGCUUUUCACCUGCACCGCCAACGGAAGUCCGUACCCAUAGUCCGGUAGAAUAUGAUCGUAAAGCAUGUCCGAUCAGUAAUCGUUUAAGUCCGGAAGAUCUGGAAGAAUUACGAACGAUGAAGAUGGAAAUGGGUCUGUUGGAAGCAAAAUGUGCUGCUUUGGCGGCAUGCAAGGGUGACCAAAUUCCUUCUAGUCCGGGCAGGUUCAGCACCCAUCAUUCUCACGGUGGAGAUUGGACAGAAAGUGAAAGCGAAAGUGAGAAUGGCCUUCAUCCGCCUUAUCAAAUGCCAACGGGCGAUCGUAAAAGAGCAGAUUCGAUUUCGUCUUCAUCACCUAGUACAUUCUGUGGCUCUCGCUUUGCACAAAGAGAUGGUAAAGAUGGCAACGGUGCAUCUCGGAUGACACCAGCAGAAUAUCUACGAAUGGAACGUGAGAAAGAACGUGAACGUGUUUGCAGGAUGGCGGGCAUUGGAACUGGUGUUGGUUUCCGAUAUACUGGAGGCAAUCCAAACACACGUCAAAUGCCUCACGGUGGAUGUGAAACGUUUGGAGCAUCUUCGAUCAUCAGUCGUUUUGGCUUAAGCAAGCCGCCUCCACCGUUGCCUGGCAUGGUUGCUCCUUGUUCGUCUAGCGGAAGCGGAAGUGGAAGUUCUCAACCACAUUCACCUGGUACACCUACUCACGGUCAAUAUGCAAAUUCCAACUACAACGGAGGCGCAAGUCUUUAUCGGCCAAAUAGUGCGCCUCCUGUACGUGGAUCUGGAUACGAUUCUGGGAAUGCAUUCCCACAAGUGCAAGAUGCGUAUGAGAUUGAAGCAGAAGCUGAAGAAGUUGAAGCACAAAAGCAAGAUGAUACACCACGAGGACGAUCGAUGGAAAAGAGUACGGGAAGAAAUGCGAAUCAUAAUUCUACUUCUACUGAUGCAACCGUGACAGAAUACAAUCGAACAUCAAAUGUACCUGGCGAAAUUCCAAGCUUUAAGCGAACAUGUCCAAGUCCACCUUCUUCGAUCGAUUCACAAAGUCCUGUACGCAAUCGAUCAAUGUCUCCUUGUACGACAAGAUAUGAUCCGAAUAUGUUUUAUGGAUCUCCUUCUGCAAAACCUACAAGACCGGGAAUACGACCGAUUGUGGGUGCACAAUCUUCACCAUCUUAUGAACUUGCUCCAUCGCCAUCUGCGUGCGGCUAUGAUAGCCCCGCAAGUGAAUUCUGCUACGAAAGUGGUAGUGAAUAUGACUUGAUCGGAUGA